CUCCUUGGACAAACUGCUGACCAGUGCGUUCCGUGAGUGCAGGGGCCUUAGCGAGUGACACCCUCCAGUCCAGCCGGACCGGCAGUGUGGAGCGCAACCUCGCCUGCCUCCCGGGUCUAAUUAAGGGUACUCUGCAGUGCGUUAACCAGCACUAUGCGCUUCUCUCUGGGGGCUCGUGGGUUCCCUCUGCCGCUCAGUAUCCUCCUUUUCGUGGCUGCCCCGUGUUUUUCAAAAGGCACUAUCACAGAUGUGAAUUUUACAACUCAAGCUGUCACUGAAGCUACUGUAGAAAUGGCUGAGGAAAAUGUGACAAGUUCAUCAUACCCAGAGUUAAUUCCUAUGGAAGUGACCCUGUUGGUGAUAGAAACAUCUGAUGCAGUAGUGGAAAAAAAUGUGACAAUAGGAAACCCUGCUAGCAUAGAACUAAAAUGUAACUUCAGUACCACCCAACCUCUUCAAUAUGUGAAUGUGUAUUGGACAAAAGGUAAUGAUCAGCUCAAUAGAACAAGUAGCAUGAGAGUAUUAGAAAAUAUCCUGCAAGCUCAUAUCAGGUUGACAGUCACUGAUAAAAUGCAUAUGGACAACUACUCUUGUGUUUUUGAAGCGACAAAGGAACGAAAAGGCACAUUUCACUUUAAAGUUCCUGAAAUUUAUACAAAAGAAAAGCCACUGGUGAAUUAUGAACGGGAUUCUGCUGUCUUGAAUUGUAACAGUAAAAACUAUGUUCCUUUGGAGUGGAUGUGGUAUACUAGUAAUGGAAGUGAAAAGGUACCCAUUGACAUUAUGAUGAAAAACAAGUAUGAAAUUCUACCAUCCAAAUAUAAUGAAACAAAGCUUAAGAUAAAGCAUCUUCAAGCAACAGAGAGUGGACUCUACUGGUGCCAUGCGAUAUUCCACCUAGGAGAGAGUGAAGGAAAGCAGAACCUCAAAGUGCUAAGCUACUUGGUGCCACUCAAACCAUUUCUUGCAGUAACUGCUGAAGUUGUUAUUUUAGUAACUGGUAUUUUUCUCUAUGAGCUAUAUAGCAAAAGGAGACAGACAGCCACAGAAAGUGGAAAAGAUUUUGAACAAGUUGAACAGCUAAAAUCAGAAGAUCACAAUGGAGUAGACAAGAAGAACCAAAGAACCAGGCACAGAAAGAGUGAUGUCAAUAUGAAUUAAUGCUCCAAUUAAAGUCAUGUACAUUACAGAAGAGCGCUGUUGAAUGAGAGUGCCACCUCUACGUGAUGCUACACUUCUCUAACCCUGAAUUUCCCAGCUAAUGCCACUGCAUUUGUGUUGCUGAAAUUAUUUCAAGCCUGAAUAGACUUAUGUUGUUUCCAACAUAACUAAUCAAUUAGAUCAAUUCUAUUCAAAGAACCUAUUAGUUGUUACUUCAUAGGAAAUACUCAGGCAAGCUAGCUGUUUGACUGAAUAGACCAGUUCAUUAAGUCCAAGUAAGUGAUGUGUUUAAUAGUCCUGAGAAGACAUAGUUUAAAACAGUUUUAGCUCUGCAAGUUAAUAAUUGGUGCUUUUUCUCUCUCUCAUCUAUUCACACUGUGCUCUCCCUCUACUCCUUUACUCUCAUCCAUUUAGUGUGAAAUAAUUUACAAGGAAGAAAAAUUGCUAUUUCAUAGUAGCUUAAAAUAUUCAUACAGUAAAUUGAUUUUUAAAAAGCAGCAUUGCUUACUUUAACUUUUUUUCUACUGCUGGAAAAAGUUUUAUGGAUAAAUAUAUGUAUCGAUAUAACAUAUUUCCUGAAUAAUAAAGUGAAGCUGCACCUUUUCCCGAUUCCUCAAAUGGGUUAUAUUUUAAGAGAAAACAGAAAUGGUCUUCCUGGCCAAGCUCAUAGACAUGCUAAAUGGAUUGACUAAUGAGAGACUGAGCUAGCCAAAUGAUUCUAGUGCCUCAGCUGCUCUAUGAUGUUGUCAUACACUUGGGGAAAAAAUACAUUAAAUUUGUCAUGCUAACAGUGUACUGUCUCAGUGUAAUAAGUAAAGCCUCAUUAA